AUGAAUCAGGAUCAAACCGAAAACACAUCUCUGUCCAAUACUCAAAAAGUUCUAACCUCAUUAGUUGCCGGCGGUUGUGCAGGUGCUGUCUCUAAAACAACAAUUGCGCCAUUCGAUCGAGCUAAAAUUAAUUUUCAAGUUAGAACCGAUAAAUUUAGUUAUAGACGUUGCUUUAAAUUUAUAAGAGAUACAUAUCGAAAGGAUGGUUUCGUUUGUUUAUAUCGAGGAAAUUCAGCAAACUUAGCUCGUGUUAUUCCUGCAGCAGCCAUCUAUUUUAGCGCUCAUGAACAAUGGAAGCGUCUUCUUAAUACAGAUAAAUAUGAAAAAACACCUGGCCGUCGAUUUAUUGCUGGUUCUUUAGCUGGUCUUACAUCAUCAACAAUAACUUAUCCACUUGAUUUAGCUCGUGCUCGUAUGGCAGUAACCAGCAAAACUGUGUAUACAAAUUUAUUCUCAGUUUUUCUAGCUGUUUUUCGAACUGAAGGUGUUUUUGCUUUAUAUCGUGGUGCACUAUGGUCAAUGAUUGGCGUAUUACCUUAUUCUGGCUUUGUCUUUUUUACUUAUGAGUCCCUCAAACAUAUUCGCUUAGAUUAUCAAUCUCACCGUCCUAUUAAUAAGACAGAACAAAUGUGUUUCGGAGCUAUAUCUGGUCUUAUUGGCCAAACGGUUUCAUAUCCAUUUGAUGUUGUUCGACGACGAUUACAAACUGCUGCUGUUAUUCGACCAAAUGAACGAUAUCUUGGCGCAAUAGCAACAGCACGUAAAAUAAUUCGUGAAGAAGGCAUAACAAGUGGCUUAUACAAAGGUGUAACUAUGAAUUGGUUUAAAGGGCCAAUAUCUAUAGGUGUUUCUUUCAUGACAUUUGAUACAUUAAUUAGGCUGAUUCGUCAAUCAUCACUGUUCCCUCCAAACUCUUGA